GCUAACUCACUGGACGCUAGACCACGUGACUUAGGUAGUAAGGGUGUCGAAGAGAAAGAUUGGGAUAAAACAAAACCGUUAACUGUCGAAUCUCUUUUUCCCACUGUUCCUAAGAAUCCUCCCAAGAGCGCACGGAGGAUUUUACUUGAUCCUGAAACUUCGUUACGCACUGGAUCACCAGACUACCUGAGUGAUCAUUUCUCCUUCGGCAGCGUGAUCGACUUUAUCAGUGUGUUAGUGUUUGUUCGAUAUAGUGAAGGAAAUUUUGUUAUUGGGGAGUGAAGAUUAUUUAUUUCAGGAACUAAGUGUGAUAAAUUUGUGCCAUGAUAGAAAAUUGGAGGCUGCUUUUGCGGUUGACGUUAAUGAUAUGUACUUUUAAAGUGACAUAUGGUCAAAGUAGUGUUAUAACCCCAAGAUAUGCAAUUCUGCAGAGGACGCACUAUGAAUGGUUACCUCAAAUUACAGACUAUGACAUGGACCAGGCUUUCGUUGUUGCAGAGCAUGUUAUCAAAGCAAAAAGGGCUCACGAGAAAAAGAUAUUUAAAACAGGUCGGAUUAUGAAACCAGGUCAUUUCCCAUCAUCCGGACGUCAUCAGCAUCUUUUAGCUCCAAAUGCGAAAGCAUCAAAAAUGGAAAGAGCAACAGAAAAAUUUGAAGAAGCUACAAACGUUAUCAAGGAUAUGUUCAGCCUGACGAAAGAACAAGUGACAUUAGCCUUGCCCCACGAAGAAUUAAAAGGAAGGGAGGCUUUGAAAGCCGCAGGAGAAUGCCAUGGCCACUUUUCCGACUCAUCAUGCCUGGACUCAAAAUAUCGGUCAAUAGAUGGGAGUUGCAAUAAUCUUUACAAUCCUACAUGGGGCAAAGGACAAACAUGUCUUCAGAGGUUAUUGCCACCGGAUUAUGCUGAUGGUAUAUCGGUUCCUCGCAUGUCCAAAUCUGCUAAACCAUUGCCGCCUCCACGAGUGUUGUCCCUCUACAUCCAUCGUCACAUGGAUCGUCCAGCACAUGACCACACCCAUUUUUUGAUGGUUUUCGGCCAAUUCGUUGACCAUGAUAUUACAUUAACACCUAUUACUGGUAUGCCACUUGGAGGGCCUCAGAUGAUUAACUGUUGUCCACAUUCCAACGACACGCAUCCUCAAUGUUUUCCUGUGCUUCUACCUCAAGAUGAUCCCUUCUAUUCUAAAUAUGGACAGGAUUGUCUAAAUUUUGUUCGAUCUGCGCCAUGUCCUUUAUGUACUUUAGGGCCUCGUCAACAAAUGGAUCAAGUAACUGCUUUCGUAGAUUUAUCUUUAAUUUAUGGCACACAAGAGAACGAAACUGAAGGAUUAAGAACUUUCAGAGGCGGUAAAUUGAUCGUGACUAAAGUUCCACAUACUGGCGAUCUUCUACCUCAAACGGAAAACCCAAAAGAAGAUCAAUGCAGUGUUCCUCAAAGAAAUUUAUUCUGCUUUAGAUCUGGCGAUGUUCGUGUUAACCAGCAUCCUGCUCUUACAUCUCUAACAACCAUUUGGGUGCGACAGCAUAACAGAAUCGCAGAAGGUCUUCAGGUUGUUAAUCCUCAUUGGGAUGACGACACAUUGUUUUGGGAGACCAGGCGUAUUUUAGGCGGUCAGAUGCAAAAGGUCGUGUUCGGAGAAUACUUACCGACAGUUCUGGGAUCUCACUACAUGGACUUCUACAGUUUGUGGGUAUUGGAGAGCGGUUUCACGCAGUAUAAUUCCAAAAUGGAGCCAACAAUGAUUAACGAAUUCUCUACAGCAGCUUACAGAUACGGUCAUUCUCUAAUUGAUGGUCUCUUCAGCGAGAUUCAGGAACAUUCUGGUCACAUAUCUGGUAUUAUGUUGAGAAAUUACUUCUUCUUCCCCUUCGAACUCUACGAUGGACAGUUGGACCCCCUCAUGAAAGGUUUAACUCUCCAGCCUUCCCAGAAAAUGGAUCCAUAUUUUGUGCCAGAUGUCAGAAAUUUCUUAUACAGGCGGCGAGGAAACUCAACAGGAUUAGAUUUGGCUGCCUUCAACAUACAAAGAGGUCGGGAUCAUGGUGUUCAAGGCUAUACUAGCUAUAUUCAAUAUUGUUUUGGAGUUGAAGUCAAGAAGUUCGAAGACCUCGAUAGGUUUAUGACACCCGAAAGAAGGAAGAAGUUACAAGAUAUCUAUCAUUCGGUUCAUGAUAUUGAUCUAUAUACUGGAGGUACAUCAGAAAGCCAUGUUCCAGAAGGUGUUGUAGGCCCAACAUUUGCAUGCAUUAUUGGUAUCCAAUUUUAUCAUCUUAAAUUCGGGGACAGGUACUACUUCGAACAUCAUGGUGAAACAGGAUCUUUUUCAUUGGAACAACUGGAAUCUAUUAAGAAAUCACCAUUAGCCAAAAUUGUUUGUGAAAAUACGCAUCUUCACGAAAUUCAACAAUACGCGUUUAGGUUCCCAUCUACAGCAAACCCUGUGACACAUUGCAGUGAAUUGCCAGAUAUCGAUUUGAGCUUAUGGGCAGAUUACGGCCACAAAAAGAAAAAGUAAACUCCAAAAACAAAUAUAGCUAUAAAAUGAAAGAAUAACCUCAAAGUAACCGUGCAAAUAAGCCAUAAUUUAAGGAUACAUACGUGUGCUUGUAAACUAAUUAUAUUCCAUCUUACUUUGAAAGAACAUCACGAGGCACCUGUAUUCAAGAUAUACUGGCGAAACAGGAUGGACUCAAAAUAUCUAGUCUACUAUAACAAAUGCUUAGAUUACCUGCCAAGUUGUUUGAUAGUAAGAAUUUACGGAUACCACUGUGAGAGAAUAUUCGCCAAAAAUGCUAUGAACUAUGGUUUGCUUUAGUUAGUUGUUAUCGUUCUCAUUGUGGUCCGUAAUUUGAAUGUAUCAUAAAGAAAAGUUAAAAUUUUAACCAAGUAUUUUAGGGUAAAGAUUUAUGAAAUUUGUUUUGUAAAUGAUGUUGCGCCAAGAGAAUAGUUCAGUGUUUUUAUUUGAUGUUGAUCCUACCUAAAAGCAGAAAUGUUAAAAUAAUUUUAAAAGGUAUUAUAAUCUAACUUUGGAUAGGCAUAUAAUGGGGAAAAUAUAUAUACUAACUUAAAAUGUUUAAUAAAUUGAACAAAUUAAAUAAAAGAUGAUAUUGGGUUUAAAAAUAAAUAUUUGAUUGACUAAAUUCCACGUAAGGAAUUUCAAUUUACAAUAAAAUUGAAGAAUUAAAGAAUGAAGAAAAUGUCCUCUCUCUCU